UGCGCCAUGUGCUGCUGGAAACAUACCUAGACACAAAGGAGCGCAUGGUCCAAAAGCAGCCCCACCCCAGACAAAUAAACAAAGACCCUAAGCACGCUUGUCUAACAUGGGUCCACAUAAGACAUUUGCUCCGUUAAGAACAUCUCAGUUUCUAAAAGUGCAGAUAACGUCCAGCGUGAUGGAGCGGUCGAUGCACACGCACAAAGAGAGGAGCGAAUUAACCCUUGCGCUCGUGAACGGAACUCCCUUACAAUCUGUCGCGUCUCCACAUCUCUUUUGUUACACAUUACGGGUUGAUGACUGGAAAUAAGCGGGGGUUAAGAUGCUUUCCGCGUGUUUGUGUUAAAAAGUGGACCGCCUCCUUCCUCAUUUCUGUCCCCUCCCUCAAGAUACCCCCUUCCCAGUAGCCUUUUGUGUUCACGGUGCCCUACACAGUCACUGCAUUCCUGUUUCGUUUACUAUCCGCUCAUCCGAGAGCUCUGUAUUCCAGAUCUCCAUGAGAAAGUGGCCCGAUUGCGAGGAAAUUACUCACAUCUACUUCUGGGACUUUGCUACGCUGAGGAAAUAUAAGUGGAGUGUCCAGCUCCAUUCAUACUUUUAUCCGUUCACUUACCUUCAGCGGACAGGGGGGAAGUGAACACAAAGAUAUUUUGUACAAGCGUGAAAUGGAUUAAGUCGCAUUGAGGAAAGCUGGAGCACCACAGACGAACCAAGCGACGGCGAAGGGGUCGGAGGGAGUCGAUGAAUUUCCAACAUCAACGAGAAAGAGAUUUUACUCGGCCAAAUGCCAAAAUGAUGUCUCCAAAAGACAAGCCCAAGAAGAAGCCUCCCAAAGACAGCAUGACCCUGCUGCCAUGUUUCUACUUUGUAGAGCUGCCAAUAGUGGCAUCCUCCAUGAUCUCUCUUUACUUCUUGGAGCUGACAGACGUAUUACAGCCAGCCAAAGUUGGGUUCCGUUGCCAUGACCGCACACUGAGCAUGCCCUAUGUGGAAACGGGAGACGAGCUCAUCCCUCUGCUCAUGCUGCUCAGCCUGGCCUUUGCUGGCCCUGCAGCGUCUAUCAUGCUGGGUGAAGCCUUGAUGUACUGCAUGCAGUCCAAACUGAAGAUUCACCCUGGUUCAGAAGGCAGUAUAAAUGCAGGAGGCUGCAACUUCAACUCCUUCUUACGCAGAACAGUGCGCUUUGUGGGUGUUCAUGUGUUUGGGCUGUGCGCUACUGCAUUGGUGACUGACGUUAUCCAGCUGGCCACUGGCUAUCAUGCUCCCUUCUUCCUAACCGUGUGCAAACCCAACUACACACUGCCGGGUGUGGCCUGCGAUAAAAACCCCUACAUAACCCAGGACAUCUGCUCAGGCCGGGACCAGUAUGCCAUCCUGUCAGCAAGGAAAACUUUCCCCUCCCAGCACGCUACUCUGUCUGGCUUCGCAGCCGUCUACAUCUCGAUGUACUUCAAUGCCACCAUAUCAGAGAGUACCAAGCUGCUGAAGCCUAUGCUGGUGUUUGCAUUUGCCAUAGCAGCAGCCCUGGCUAGUUUGACCCAAAUCACCCAGUAUCGGAGCCACCCGAUUGACGUCUACGUGGGCUUUGUGAUAGGGGCUGGCAUCGCUGUUUAUCUUGCACUAUAUGCAGUGGGGAACUUUAGGUCCAAUGAAGAGUCCUACCCCAGGCCCCUGAAGAAGCCCCCUCCUCCACAAAAAGAUCCUCUAAGAGAACUGACACAGCGUGGUCAUGACUCGGUGUACCAAAAGGCCCAUGCUUCUGAGAGCAACGAUGAGCUAUCGGCCCCACCACAUGUUGCUGGCCUGAACCGUAAGGUGCGUCGGGAGAAGGCCUCAAUGGGCAGCCUAAAGAGGGCUAGUGCAGAUGUUGAGCUCCUGGCUCCUCGCAGCCCAAUGGGGAAGGAGACCAUGGUGACCUUCAGUAACACACUGCCCCGUGCUAACACCAAUGCAAUGGAGGAGCCUGCUCAGCGUCACAUGACCUUCCAUGUGCCGAUGGACUCUCAGCGUUCUAAACAGCUGGUGUCCGAAUGGAAGCAGAAAUCAAUGGAGAUGCGCAGUCUCAGCUUGAGGGACGAGGAAGAGGAGGAAGGAGCAACUGCAGAAGGACUUGACGGAGUUGAAGGAGAAGAUUCAGACGAUCUGGGCAUGCCGUCCUCCCUUUAUCCUACCGUGCAAGCCAAUAGGGGAGCAACGGCAACAGCAGGAGGUGCCAGGGCGAUGAUGCCUCAGAGGCCCGGUGCCCCACAGUUGGUUCAUAUCCCAGAGGAAGCCACCAGACCACCACCAGUGUCACCUAAAAGCGCCACCACACGGGCUAAAUGGCUGUCCAUGACGGAGAAAGGAGGUGCCACGCCAGAACCUCCACGAUUGCCCAACCAGCCACGGGUUAUGCAGGUCAUUGCAAUGUCUAAGCAACAUGGUCCAGGUAGCAUCAGCACACCAAAGUCCUCCGAGACCGCCUCUUCCUGUGCCACCUCCAGCACUGGCUCAGAGUCUCCAUACUACCGCAUCCCAUCGGAGCAAGACAGAAGCAGCAUUGUCACGGUAGACGCUCACGCUCCUCAUCACCCAGUGGUCCGUCUUUCUUCAGGCAAUGGGAACACAUGGGAUUGGAGGAGCACCUCCAAUGGCAGCACCGAAGUCCACGAGACCAGCCGGACACUCCCCAGGCAGGAAUGCGUCCGUGAUUAUCGUCCCAUGAAAACAGACUCCCUCUGCUCCUCUACCAGUGAUCCUGAUCCAGGGAUCCUUCCUCCGCCACCUCAUCCUGACCUGCUCCUCGACAGCAGUCUAAGUCGAGAUUCCUCACUUCACCGUAAGUCCUCGAUCUCAGCUAAAGACUGGGAGCCUGGGCAGCCUCACCCGGAGCCGGACCACUUCUUUAAGAACUUGCAAACAAACAGGCCAUUUAAAGACUGAAGAUGUUACUGUAGGCAAAGCAGGGACGCUACAAACUUAUUUUGGGAGGAACCCAUUGUGAAUAAUUGUGUUUUCAGUGGAUGGCGAGAGAAGACAGCCUUUUUGGUUAUCUCACAUGGAGCAUCUGGGGUGGAUUAGUGCAGUAAAGCACCAGAAGGAUCACACAGACUUGAGGAGGCUGUUGAGUGUACAUGCACAAUCUGUGAGGAAAGAUGACCCACAAACCUCAAAAAAGGAAAUACAAAAUCAAGUUGUAAUUAAUACAUUAUGGGUUUCUGUUUUUUGCAGAAAACAUUGCCCCUUUCAAGAAGCUAAGUUCUCGUGAGUAAAGACAUAACCAACCAUAUUUACAUUUGAGGUUUCAUUCAUACACAAAGACUUACAUUGUGUUGUACAAGAAGUCAUCAUGUUUUAGUUCUUUAAUGAUUCAGACUCAUUGGGGACAGUUUUAUGCUGGGAAUAUGGACAGGUAAGCAGUCUCAUGACUUUGCUGUGUAUGGAACCGGUUUUAAGUAGGCCUAGUUACGUUCUCCUUUUUAUACUAAAAUAUGAAGUACUCUUGCUUGUUUGUACGUGUUGCAUGUGUGUUUAUUUAUGUGUCUUGACUUUGGAUGGACUGUUAUAUAUCAGCAGGGAUGGUCUCUUUCAUUUUGCUGCCCAAUGUUAAGGUUUUUGUAACAAAGUUUGAAAAAUAAAAUUGUAAUAAUAUUAUCUGCUUUUAAUCAGUGAAUCUAGUGAAUUCUGAUUGACGUUUUAUGUCAAAAUCCUUGAUUUUCUCAGACAUUUUGAAAAACAAGUGAUUGUGUUCACUGCUUUUCUUCUACACUUUCAUAAAUUUACUGUAUUUUCAGACAGUUUUGAUAAAUGGACUAUCACACAGAGUAUUACAUCUUUAUUGAUUCAUUUUCAUUUUUCAGAACAUCAACAAAAAAAACUACAGCUAAUAACAGGGCAUGCAUUAAUAUAUUUUACAUUAUAGAUAUUUUUUAGGGGAAAACAUACAGUAAUUCAUGUGUGUGAGCUUAUCAAUACUACAUCCACAGUAUACGCCAGUAUUUCUUCGAAAAUUUGGUGUGAGAUUUAAAACAAAACACACGCACAACAGCAUAUUUCAUAUCAUAAAUUAGAUAAAUCACUUAGUUUUAAAGAUGCUACAUGCAGUUUGCAGUGAUAUGCAUUGCUCUUCCAAGACAGGCAUGAUAAAUUGUGUGCUUUAGGUUGUAAGAGAGUUAUCUCUUCUGAUUUAUAAAUCACUACUGCGUGGGUCAGUAUCGCCCAUCUUUAAUGAAUUUGUCAAAAAGACACCCAACAUAAUUCAUGUGAUUUUCAUCUUUAAAAAUUAAUAAACCAGAGCUGCUGAAGACACAAAUAUCCUAAGAGAGGCCUACCGUGUGGCUAUUUAAGGAAAGGACUGUGUUUAUUAAAACAGUUGGAGAGAAUAUGGCGUGACAUGCCUUUUGUAAAAACAGUGAUCGAAUCAUAUACUUAUUUCAGAAUAGUGCAUUAAACAUUCAGUGCCCUGGGCCAAGUCAGACUGUGACUCAAUAUUGCAGCUCUACAAGAAGAGUGAAUGUUCCCUUAGUGGGUCAUAAAAAGAUCUGCAGCCUAGGCUUCUGUGGAAGUGACUCGUAUGUGCCACUCCUACAGCACAGACUUGACCUCCUUGAGGUGAUUCCACAUUACAAGAAGCAAAAAGAAGAAACAUACAGAGAUUGAGCUUUUGACAGCAAUGGGGCAAAAUAUUUCGGACUAGCAUGAUUUGUAAGAUGAUAUCAAGGCUGUUGAGUUUGCCAAUAUCAUGUGAUUGAGAAGACAUACAGUAUCUUCCGCUUGACAAGUUCAUACUCAUUUUAUCAAUCAAGACCAAAACUGUCCUGCAGGACACAAUGUUUGGAAGUUCUGGGCUAGAGAUCAAUGUUAUAGUAUCAUUAAGGGGUUUAGACCAAGGAGACUUGGCUUUGAAUUAUGGAUACUCUAAUAUUAACAGUAUGUACAUGAUUACGAAAGAAGAAGUGUAUUCUACAGCUAAUGUCAUCAUUAAAUUAAAUACGCAUGC